CUCAGGUGACAUGGCGCCAAAUCAUUCAUACCGCGGUUAGAUAGCGAUUUGUUAGAAGGGCCCGUAGAGCAGGAUAGUUAGGACAAACACAUUGGUCAUGAAUGGUGGACAUCACUGGGUGGAAAAUUUGGAUUGAGAAAGUCAGAUGGGUGACAAUUGAAAUCGAUGGGAUUUGAAGCACAAUGAUGGGAUGGACGACUAGAUGAUCAGAAAGGUGUCUGGGGAGCCUGACUGAUCAGAGGGGAAGCCUGACGAACAAGUGCAGUGCGGCACAGUCGAGUUCAGGUGGUGGAGGAGUGUUGAAGGUACUGACGAGGUUUCUAUGAAAGAGAGUGUGUAGGUAAAAGAUGGAUGGAGAAGGAUCUAGGAGCCUGAGCAAGAAGCAGCUUGGAGCAUGGAGGAGGAUCUGGAUGCAGGAGGAUCUGGGUGCAGGGAGGAGCUUGGAGCAUGGAAGAGGAGAUUGCGAUUCAGAAGGAUGCAGGGUGCAGCUAGCAUGGAGGAUGCAGGAAGCUUGAUGGAGGAUGCAGGAAGCUUGAUGGAGGAGAUUGGGAUCCAGGAAAGAGCAGGGAGCUUGGAGGAGGAGAGCGCGGUGGUGCAGCUUGGAGGAGGAGCAGGGAGAUGUUUAAAAAGGGGGUUCCCAGAGGAUGAAGGAUGAAGUGGAAAAGGAAGCUGAGAAUCUCGCUUAACUUCGUCAGGGAGG